CUUUCUCCCUCUCCCUCUCUCUACUUGUCUAUAUAUAUGUGUACUGAUCACCUACAAACAAGUCAAGUCGGGAGAAAUGAGUUCAUUCGUUUCGUGCAUAGCUUGGUUCUUCCUUUUUGGCUUAGUUUCAUUAAUUACCAGAACUGCGCCGGUUUCCGGCAGCCCACCGGGGCCGGUUGUCCACUGCGCAAAUGGAAACGCCAAUUGCAUUGUCCAGAAUGGUUAUGGAGAAUUUUCGAACCGCCAGACCUGCGGGGUUGCGGCUGUUGCCUACCCUACCACAGAGGAUGAGCUCCUUCUCGUUGUCUCCAACGCCUCCAUGGCCAACCGGAAGAUGAAGAUCGUCACACGUUACUCUCACAACCUCCCCAGGCUCUGCUGCCCCGGCGGCCCCCCUGGCACCGGCCUCUCGAUCAGUACCGAAAAAUUGAAUGGGGUUGUCCGAGUGGACGCGGAAUCCAUGAGGAUGACUGUGGAGAGCGGCAUUACCCUCUAUGAAUUGAUCGACGCUGCUGCAGCCAACGGUCUGGCCUUGCCCACUUCUCCAUACUGGCUCGGCCUGAGCCUGGGUGGAGUGCUGAGCACAGGCGCCCACGGUAGCUCCAUCUUUGGCAAGGGAAGUGCUGUCCACGAGUAUGUCGUCGGCAUGAGGAUCGUCGUGCCGACGAAGUCGUCGGUUGAUGGCCGCUUCGCCAAAGUCAUCAGCCUGGAAGAGGGAGAUCCUGACCUUCUGGCAGCAAAAGUGUCGCUUGGUGUGCUUGGAGCAAUCUCUCAGGUGACGUUGCAGAUGGAACCAAUGUUCAAGAGGUCCAUAACGAAUGAAGUUGGUAGUGACAGUGGGUUUGAAGAUGACAUUGAACAAUUCGGUAGAAGCACUGAAUUUGGCGAUCUGAACUGGUAUCCCGCUCAGGGAAAAGUGAUGCACCGUGUGGAUGUCCGAGUCCCCUUGACAGAACCCGGCAAUGGCCAAAAUGAUUUCACUGCAUUCAGGCCAGUGCCAUCAACCGUGAUCGUCUCCCUGCGCAAGACAGAAGAGGAACAUGAAGCCACCAUGAACACCACCGGCAGAUGCUUACUAGCAAGAGCACUGACGGACGAUAACUUCUCUGGCGGCAAUGGUCUAAGAAACAACAUAAGCAGUUCGGCUGGAUUUACAGGGUACCCCGUUGUUGGAAACCAUAGCAACCUGCAGGCUGCAGGCUCUUGCCUAUUCGACAAGGAAAAUGGCCUGCUCACUGUUUGUGGAUUUGACCCAAGGGUCCAUGGUGUGUUCGUCAACCAUAUGGCCUUUAGCAUCCCCAUGGCGAACAUCUCAAACUUCAUAAAAGAUGUCAAGAAGCUGAGAGACAUGGCACCUGACUCGUUUUGUGGCAUCGAUUGGUACAAUGGCAUGCAGCUCAGGUUCAUUCGCGCCUCGACUGCGUAUAUUGCCAAGACGUCUGACUGUGUUGAAAUGGACAUCACACACUACAGGGGCCAUGAUCCUACGCAGCCAAGGCUCCAUGAAGAUGUGCUGGAAGAGAUUGAGCAGAUGGGGCUGUUCAAGUAUGGGGGGCUGCCUCACUGGGGAAAGAACCGCAACAUUUGUUUCUUGGGGAUGAAGGAGAAGCUGGAUGGAAGAAUAGAGAAGUUUAUGAGGGUGAUGAAGAAAUUUGAUCCCAAGGGGUUGUUCUCCUCAGAGUGGAGUGACAGUGUUUUGGGCUUGCAAGAGGAGGGGCUGGUGAUUGACAAGCCAGGGUGUGCACUAGAUGGCUUCUGCAUUUGCUCUCGUGAUUCGCAUUGCGCCCCAGAAAAAGGCUACUUCUGCAGGCCUGGCCUUGUCUACAAAGAAGCCAGGGUCUGUCGCUAUGAAAAGCCUUUCGCUUAAUCAAAAAGGAGCAUCGCGGUCAUGGAGUAGCUGAGCCUCAGCUAAUAAUAAGCACAUGCAAGACACUGCAUCUGCACUCAUGUGUUUGCGCGUUGUACAAUGUAUAUGAAAUAAUCUUGAAUAAAUGAGUGAUUGGACAUCCGAAA